UAGACACAUUACUUAGUAGCGUGUACAUCAGUCCUAUUGGAAGUUCGAUCGUCCCAAAAUAUUGAUGUUAAGAUGUCAUCAGUGUUUGAACCUGACAUCUAAUUGGUCCUUCGAGCCGGAUCCAAUAUGUUUUGACGAUUCCAGCUGGAGUGAGUGAAACCAGAGGAAUGGCCACCAACUCCUGAUUGAGGAAGCUGUUUUCUUCAUUUCGGGCUGGAAUUUGAAAAGCUGACGGAAAUCCGAGGACAAGAGGAAGGAACGCAGAGAGCAGUGAGUACGUUUUAAGAGAAAGAAACGACUAAGAAAAAGCGUGUGACUGAGGGUUACGACGCAUAUACAAACCCUGUAAAUCCUAGGCUCUAACAGGUAAAAAGGCCAAAGAAUUAGAGGAGACGACGGAGUCCAAUGUCCGUGAUUAAAAUUUAAAAUAAAAACUGAAUUAAGAUAAAAACUGAAGAGGCCAAAAUACUGGAGGGUGUCGGAUCCCACAAUAAAUAUUGAAAUAUCCGUAAGCCAUUAUCCUGAGGACGACGGAGUCCGACGCAGACCUAACAAGGUCUAUUCAGAAAAAAAAAAAAAAAAACUGAAUUUUUGUCCGUAAAAAACAAUAACCUGGAGGGUGUCGGAGCGCUACAUGUAUGAAACAUUGAAAAUUUCCGAGUAUCAUAACACUGAAAAGUAUGAAUGAACUUGAGAGUGUGUGGGAGUAAUCGCCAUUCGGCUAUCACUCCAUAUUAAAGUUGUGAGAAGUAAAUAGUGGGUUAUUGUGGAAGCUUGUAGGCAAGACACCUCCACUGGGGAACCAACUCCAGUAGAAGCGACGUGUACCACGAUAAUAAAUUAAACCACUAUCUUACAACAAAGAAAAAAGUAAUCCUUAUAAAUUCGGCUCUGUAGGGGACGACAGAUUACUCCAAAUUUAUAAAAUGGGAAAAGAGACAAGUAAACCAAAGGUUAGUCCAAAAGACAAGUUAACAUGUAAAGACUGGAAAGCAGUAGAAAUAAAAAACCCAGAUUUACUGAAAUUUCUCGAUGACUGGAUAUCAAAACAUAAAUUUACCGGAUGCCUCAAAGUAGGUGAUAUAUUAAAGUUAACGGAAUCAAUAAUAGAAAAAUGCGGAAGUAACAGAAAAAAGCUAGCCAGAAUGGGGUGGGACCACACGGGGUGCUGGAUGAGAAUGGCUCAAAAUAGAGAAGACGGAGAAAGACAGAAAAAAAAGGAAGAGCAGGAAGAAAGGAAAAUAAAAAGUAGAGAAGAGGGAAAAGAAAGGGCUAAGAGAGACGAAAAGCUAAUGUUUCACAGAACAGAAGAUUAUGAAACAGGGACAGUUAGGAGAAGAACUAGGCAGUUUGUAAGGGAAGACAGUGAGGAUGAGUCAAGUGAGGAAGAAGUACAAACAAAAGCCGACACACACAGCGCGCCAACAACAACAAAACACCAAUCAGCGAUAUACCCAGAUCUAAACAAAUUACAGAAUCCACCGCCAUAUAAUGAAAGUGUAACGACACAACUAACAGUAAGAUCAAAAAGGGACCCAAAAAACUCAGACCUGAAAUGGUCCAAAAAGCAAGGGGUAGUGUUUUCACCCAAACCUAAAAAAACAACUCAAGAUUAUAAUCUUGACGAUGAGGAAUUAUAUCCAUUAAUUGAAGUGGCUAAUCCACGUGCAGGAGAACAUGGACAAGUCCCAACACUGUUAGUACACAGGACAUGGACGUUGGUAGAUGUUAAAAAGGCAUUAAAAGAGGUAACACCAUAUACCGAGGACGUAACACAGUUCCUCGAGGGAAUGGAAAACCUCCGUAGAUCCUAUCACCUUAACGGGAUGGAGACACAGACUGCAUGGAUGACUGCAUUGGGGCCGAAAUGGCACCAAGUAAGAGGUAAUUGGGACCCCAUGGGAAUAAACAUACGGGGCGGAAGAGGAAUACCAUUAGAACAUGACCACGACGACCUAAGAAAUAGGGUACGAGACUUAAUGGCACGUGUUGAACAAAGGUUCCAAAAAAGAGCAAAUUACACUGAAUUGGGAAGAACAAAACAAAAAGAUGAAGAAACAUUUGAAGAUUAUAAAAUAAGACUGGAAAAAACAUUUAAACAACACAGCGGACUAAAUGAAAAUGCUGAUCCACAGGGACCCUACCAACAACAAUUAAAAAACAUUCUGCAUGCAAACUCCAGACAAGCCAUACAUGAGUGGGUGAACAAACAUUACAUUGGUUUCCCCACAGGAACAUUAGAUGAAUACAUAAAUCAUGCAUUACAUGCAGAAAAAGUUACAAACAAAAAAAGAGCAAAAGUAAGCACUGACACAUUCUACCACGAGGAGGAAAAUAGCGAAAUGUAUUAUACCCAAAAUAAAGGGCGGGGUAGAGGACAGUUUAGAGAACAGUUUAGAGGACAGUUUAGAGGACAAGGACGAUCAGGUCGAGGGGGAUGAAACCUAGGUGGGGGACAACAAAGACAACAACAGCAGUUGCACCCUACUGCAUGUUGGCGCUGUGGCAGAGAAGGACAUUUUGCACGUGAUUGUCGUGAGAAAAAUAACAAACAAUCAAGGUUACUCAGCCUGACUAGAUCAGGAGACAUCCAAAUCUCCAAAGACCACACAAAAAGACAAAGAAAUUAAUCAGAGUGAUCAUAAGAACAUACUAAAUUAUGAGGACUUAAGUAAACUAACAGCGAGUAAACCAGAAAUAAUAAUUGAAAUAAAUGGCAAAGAAAUCAAAUUCUUGUGCGAUACGGGAGCAUGUAGAACUACAUGUAGAGAACGUUUUCCAGGUAUAAAACUAAGUGGGAAUAAAAUUUCUGCAAGAGCAGCAAGUGGUGAAAUUGUGACAGUAGCGGAAACAGAAGUAGUAUGGUUGCAAGACCCGUUAGGGAAUUCGUGUAACAUGCCAAUCAUAAGUUUCCCAGACUGUCCAGUAAACCUAUUAGGAUGAGACGUAAUGACUGUGCUAGGUUUAGCGAUAGUAUCGAAUUAUAAAGGAGGAAUGACUGUUAAAAGACGACAUCAACUAGAGAGAGGAGACAUAUGCGUACUAGAAGGAGUAGGAGGACCCAAAUAUUUGUACUCCCUAGAUCUGAAAAAUACACCUCCAUUAAACACAGCAACGGCAUUGCUAAAUGAGGGAAAGAAACAGGUAGCAAUAAAAGACAACAAGAAUGUUGAUGAAUUGCAUGUGACCAUGUGGUAC